AUGAAGAGAAAAAGAAAAGAAUCGAACUACCUCAUGCAUAAGAUUGCGGCUAAUCGGGGCUCGCCGCUGCCCGACGGUCCUGCCCACACACGGUCCUCCAUCGUUGCUUUAAUCAUCUAUGUCGCCUUUAACCUAUCUUCUCCAACCAACCCGUGUAGCCACGUCGCCGCUCUAGUUCUAUCUGUGGUAGUGUGCGAGAUUGGGGAGCACAGUACACUCUUUCUUCAAUCUCCUUCUGUCGGUCCAUGUUGCGUGUACGGGAUCUCCUUCUGUCGGUCCAUGUUGCGUGUCCGAGAAACUGCAACAAGGUUCGGAAAAAUAACUCCGUUGUUGGAGAAGCAACUUCUUGGGUGGAUAACCAGAGGCGCCAUUGAGGAGGCCGACAUUGUAGCCGCACUUCAAGGGACUAACGUAUUCUUUGAAGGGCUCCCACUUGUUGCCGGUCUUGGUUAUCCGUCAGAAACUCCAUCUCCGGGUCCAUUAACGUAUCAAUCGGCGGGUAAUCCAUCGUUUUCCCUGCAAUGA